UCGUUCCACUAAUACUACGCUAGGUCUUUAAAAACACUGUAUGUGUAUAAUAAGUCGUUCAGGUCUCAAUACCUUCUGAGGCAAUGCGUCCUUUAAGUUUAAGUUUGUUUUUUCACCUAGUUCAAACUUGUGUUUGAUGGCUAAGGGUAUUAAUCUAAUAUACUAACAAUACAUUGCCUAGUACCCUAAAACAUGCGUAAAAGCAGCACGUAUCGUGUGAGCACAGAUGGUUGCAUAUGCAGGCAGAUUCUCCUAGAUCGGCAGGAACUUGGUGAUAAGGUUGAGAAAUGAUGCUCCUUGUUAUGAGUGAAGCUGAGGGGUUGCUGCUCUUUGUAAACAUUCUGGAUAUUGCAUUCAUCACUGGAUCAGCACACUCAACAGGGGCAGGACAUAUAUUAUUGAAAACAUCUAUGACGCAAGACCAAAGCGUAGCUUUCACAACCAGGGAUGGAAACACGUGUACAGUGUAAGAGUCUCAGUCUCAUAGAACAACAGAACAAGCACUGAACAGAUUUAUAUGUGACUUAACUCAAAUCUGAUGAUGAAAAGAUAUAUAUUUAUUAGUUGCUAAAAAACAUAAAUAAUGACUAUUCCAAGGUCAGCUAUUAGGGUGGUUAACUUGGGACGGAUUCCUUAUGGACGUGCCCUGCAGGUCCAGCAACAUUACAUCCGUCAGCACCUGGAUUCCCUGACCUGCCCUCCCGACCAGCGGCCAAACACCCUCCUCUUGUGCGAGCACCGUCCAGUGUACACCAUCGGCAUCAGGCAAGCCCCUUACCCUACCGACGAGGAGGAGAGACUGAAAGGUCUUGGGGCUGAUUUCUUCCGGACUCGUCGUGGUGGACUGAUAACCUUCCACGGCCCCGGGCAAUUAGUGUGUUACCCCAUCCUCAAUCUGGGCUGCUUUAAGAAGAGUGUCCGCUGGUAUGUUUGUGAGUUGGAGAGGACUGUGAUUAACCUGUGCAGCAGGUUUGGGAUCAAGGCUUCUACAUCCCCUGAUACAGGGGUGUGGGUGGGGGACAAUAAGAUUUGUGCUAUUGGAAUACACUGUGGAAGGUACAUCACCUCGCACGGCUUAGCGUUGAACUGCAACACUGACCUGACCUGGUUUGAGCAUGUCGUCCCCUGUGGGAUUGUGGAUCUGACUUCUGAAUUACCAGAGGGUUUCUCUUCCAGGCAGCAUGGGCAGCCUCCACCACACACUGCGGCCCUUGCUCUCAGAAUCUCAGCUGAACAACACGCAGGCCAGACCCUGUGUCAAAUUCAGUGACUACAACUCUUCCAGGGCUGCUGCCCAGGACCACCACUCCUACAUAUACGUCGUCUUCAUCCUUCUGCUCUUUGCUGCGAUUGUGGCAGGCAUGGUACUGGGCUACACGAGGGUCAAAAAGGUGGACGAGGGACAGGACCCCUACCAGAUAUACAAACAAAGAAUUGUCCCAGAGAACGUAUGAGCAGAACACGCAACCUUUUAAAAACAACAAACUCCUCUUUUAUUUUGCAAAGUUAAUUAGGACUGAAAGAUUUUUUAUUAUUAUUAUUUUUACAGUUUGGUUCUGUUUAUUGCAGAUUCCAAAAUUCUUGAAAUAUCACAUGCAUUUAAAUAUACCCGUUCACUGCAAAACUGCCUGCCUAAGUGUGUCUUUUGUCAAGCAGAAAUUAUGCAGUGUGGUGGUCACAGCAAAUAUCUGCCACAGUUCUGUACGAUGCUAUUCUAGUUGACAUCUAGUGGCCGAUGUAUGUACUGCAGGCAUUCUGAUUUUAAUUAAAUGUACACUGGAGAAAGUGCAUUUUUUUAAGGCAUUUGUUCAUCUACUUAUAGAUUCCUGUGACGUUAAAUGCAUUGUGCUGGUACAUUUUAUUACAACAUCUUCCAAUUUGCAAAUUGAAAAACAAGAAAGGUGUUACGCACAUUGGAAAAAAGAAUACAGCCAUCAGUAUUAUCAACUGAUUAGCUUUCCACUUCCAUGCAUUAAAUAUUAAAAAUAGCUGAAAAAAGGUAGUUUUGGACACAUAAUAAAUAUAUUGUUCAUUGACAUUUUUUUCCAUUGCUUUAUAUGGUGAAAAAAUUGUAUCCUCAUAUGAGGCUGUCAUGCAUUGGCGUCUUCCAUAUGUCCCUGUAUAAAGACUAGAAGAGAGUUUUUUUCUAUCUGUCCCCAUUAUGAGGUCACCAUGCACGAAAGAGUUAAACCAGAUAACUACUGUUGCCACUGCCAAGCAACUGAUAACCCACACAAUCAGUUCACUGUUAUUUAUUCAUAAUUUAACAUGCUUACAAUCAGUCGUCUGACUUCAACCGCACCAUUUCUUUGUCUGAUAUUGCCCCCCCUGUAGAUAUU